AUGGCGCCCGCCCCCGAGGAGGCCGCGCUGGCCGCGCCCGGCGCGGCCGUGGAGGCCCUGCUCGGCGGACUGGCGGCGGGCGCGGGCGGCGAGGUGGAGAGCAAGGCCUUCAAGGACUGCCGCUACCUCUUCUGCAAGGCCGCCGGCCUGAGCCUCCGGCUGAGGCCGGCGGCCUCCGGCCACGUCGACGUCGUCUACCUCUACGCCGAGGGAGUCGAUGGCUUCAGCGCCUACCGCGCUGGGCCACUGCCAGCUGGGCUGGACUGGUCGGACACGAGCAGGAGCGUCGUGACCCGCCUGGGGGAGCCCUCGGACCGCUUCGGGGGCAACCGGAUGCCGGUGCAAAUCAGCUACGAGGUGCAGGGGCUGGACGUGCACUUCCGCCACUGCAGCUGGGACGACGCGGAGAACCCCGUCGCCAGCCUUGCCGUGUUCGCCCCGACGGAUCCGUGUUUCGACCUGUGCGCGGUUUGUGGGAAGAAGGCGCGGUUCCACUGCAGCCGGUGCAGGCUGCGGAGGUACUGCAGCAGCUCCUGCCAACGGGCCGACUGGCCGAAGCACCAGGUGGCCUGCGGGCACGCCGGCGGCGGCGCCCUCGGCGCGGCCGCCAAGAGGGCCCUCGGUGGCCCUCUGGGCGGCCCCGGCCAGGCUCUGGCGCCCGAGGCGGCCUGCGACGCCCCGGGCGCGGCCGCGCCGGACCCCUUCGGCGCCGUCCGCGCGGCGGCGAGGAGCCGGCCUGCCGGGGGCGCGGGCGGCCCGGGGCGGCCUGCCGGGGCCGAGGAGGCGCACGGCGCUCCCGGGGCGGUGUCGCUGGACGCCCUGGACUGA